AUGGACGAUUUCGUCUUCACAUGGGCAGUGGAAGCCGUGGCGUCUAAAGUUCUAAGGCUUGGUUUCUGCUCUAUCAUCUGCCUUUACUUCUUCCGAUGCAUUCGCCGCCACGAUAAGCUGCCGACACUGCCAACACUUCCAAUGCUGGACAAACCAUAUCGCGGAGACACGUUCUCUAGAUCUGAGGACUUCGACGACGGCCUAGAACAAGGCAUUCCAAGUCCCGUUCCAUCCUCGGCGGCACUAACAAAGCCAGGCGCGGACAAUCAAGUCCCAGAUCUAGUGCCUUCUGGAAGCUGUGACUGUCACUCUGAUGUAGCUGAAAACUAUAGUGAUGCACAGACGAGCGUUCCCAAGAGAGGGCAAAACCACUCGACAUUUUUGAAAACCCAGGAGACCAUCGAGAAAGAUAGCUACAUUUUUCCCUACUUCGGGAUGUCGAUCCCGCAGUCAGAAGUGGUCACUUUAGCCCAAGAUGGCUAUUGGAAGAGAAUUGCAAAGAUCCGAGCUGAUUUGACGAAACAUGUUCGGACCAAAUUGCAGCGGCUAGAGGAUUCAAAACUGUUUCCAGAGUUGAUGAAACGGCAGCAUGCAGCGGCGCUCUACCUUGCGCUUGGGAUGAGGACAGAAUUUGUACAGAGCAAGUUUCUCUUUGAUCGAGCUGUAGAAGCUGAACUUGGAAGCCCGGGCAAAACAAGUGCUCUCGAUUCUCUCUACUAUCUCAUCGGCAACAUCAACGUCACCAAUCCGUUUGGCCAGCCCGUACACGAACCUACAGAUGGACGCAUUGUCGAAACGGCGAAGAGAAAGAACAAUGGCAUUUUAUAUGAUGGGACUCCGGUUGUCGAAGAGGUGGAAUUGUGGAAGAAACUGAAAAUCAAAUACGCCGGUUUGAAGGUGAAGAAGAACGGCGUGGAGUGCAAUCUUCGAGAAAGCAUUGAAACCGCCGAAAGUCUUCUGCCUCGUGACGAUCUCUUCAUGCUAGGGACCACGGGAUCAACGCUAGAGCAAAUAUUAUGGAGGGAUCAAGGUCUCCUUCCAUCUGAGAAUUUCCGGGGGGGACGACACGAUUUGGGGCCAGGAGUCUACUGCUAUAAGGGACGGCUUCGGUGGGCACUUUCCUUUGCGUUUGAUCGCUGCUGA